GAAUCAGGUAUUGCCUAAAAAUAAGUUCCCAUUCUGGUAUUGUUGAACUGGCUUAUUGCAGCAGUAUUCUUGAUAUUUCUUGAUAUUCUUGUAACAGUCUCGCCGAAUAUGCUUUUUCUGGCCACGUUCUGUUCAACUAAACUAGCGCCGGAGUUGAAACUUCGUUUUGACAUUUUCGAUAUGGAGGAACAGGGCACAAUCCAGUUUCUUGUGGGAUCAGUUAAAUCCAUAGAAUUGGACCGGAAAAAAAUGUCAGAAAAAUCACCGUAUUUUGCAACCUUACUCGAUCUGGAAAAGUUCAAAGAAGGCCUGCAACGGGAAAUCGAAUUGCAGAUACCACCGUAUUCCACGGAAAAAUCGGUUAUCCAUCUUUUAACGUGUGACUCAGUCGACGAACUAGGCGCCAUUAUUACCAGAAGUAAUGCAGUUUUUUUAUAUGCCGCUGCGAAUUAUUACGACAUCCAGUGGGCCAAAUCGGCCACUGCAGAGUUUAUCAGAGAAUACGGUAUAAUACCUGCGCGAUGCUGUACUCUUCUUCACGUGCAUCUCGCUUCACCGAAUUCCCGUUUGGAUAGAAAAGUCGACGAAGUUGUGGGUAACGCCUUUCCCAUAAUAACGAAAUCCCCGGAAUUUGUUUCCUGGAAGUUAGACGAGAUCCUUUAUGUUAUGCGGCGGUCGUUUCUGCACAUAAAUGAUGAAAUGGACGUCUACGAAGCACUGCAUUCCUGGCUGCAACAUAAUAAGGAGACCGUCAAUGAGCAAGCUGUGUAUUCAAUGCUAUCUGAAAUUCGAUGGUAUGCUUUAAGUGCAGGCCAAAAAAGUCGCUGUCGACAACAAUUUGAAGAGUGCUUUCCUGAUCUGAGUUUGCAACUGGAUAAUCUUAUGGCGAUCACUCCGAGUCCAUUACCUCGCGACCGCAAUAAACAUGAGUGUCUUUACAUCCGGAUCGUUCUACCUAAAAGCAAGCGCACUAUCGGUCACACCUCCAUAAUCUGCGAACUGGAUUUGCGGUUUCACACGGUGCGAACCGAGAACUGGCCAUACGAUCUAACCAAUCACGAGACGUUCCCCGGGCAACGCAUUUCAUCCAUCCCCGCCUGGCUGUGAUCAACCAGGAAGCGUAUGCUGUGAUUCAGAAAGGCCGCGACCCGGAAUUCGAUCGGGUAUCCAUACAUAAACUGCAGCGUCGCGCCCACGCCGGGGCCAUGUUCCAUCUGGGUCCCGCGUUACCCAAACACUGUUUCGUUGAAAUUCCGCCGUGCGGAAUGCCCGUAUGUGAGGUUGGGGAUGAACGAGAUAAAGUGGUUAUGGAUGGUAAGCAUUACUUUCUCGAUGGAUCGGAUCUUUACGUUCACGAUGUAUACGGAAGAGAGAACGAAAGACAUUUGCCGAGUCCAGAAUUCAGAUUGACGUCGCCUUCAUAUCGUGAAUUCGAGGACGCGGUGACCUUUGCAUCCUAUGGUAAUAUUUACAUGUACAACGGACUGCACUUCGCACGGUACGAUGUCCGACUGGACGAAUGGGAAGAUUGUCCUUUGCCUACCGGUACACCACGCGGCCGAUGCGACAUGAUCGAACUGAAUGGAUAUCUGUAUGUGACCGGCGGAUACGACAAUUUCGUCGAUGGUUUCGACAGUGAUACCACUGUCUACUCCACCGAAUGUGAUCGGUACCAUCUGGAAACCGGAGAGUGGCAGUCGAUUGCUCCGAUGCAUAACGGUCGUUGUGAGCGUCAUUUGUGCGUCGUGGACGGCCAGUUGGUUGCUGUCGGGAGAAUCCAUCCUAAACGGCGCGGUGCUCAAGGCUCAGUGGAGAGAUACCACGCUGAAAGUAAUGUCUGGACGGAUGUGAACUUUGUUCUACCUGGAGCCAGCUCUACGUUCCGCAUUAGUCAGUUUUUCGUUGCUGAAGUAACUUGCAUUCCAUAAGGAAUCAAGUAACGGGAAUAUGACUAGUGUACAUAGGAAAGAAU